AUGAUGGAUGAUGAUGAUGAUGAUGAUGAUGAUGAUGAUAUGAUGAUGAUGAUGAUGAUGAUGAUCGUGAUGAUGAUGAAGAUGAUGAUGAUGAUGAUGUUGAUGAUGUUGAUGAUUAUGAUGAUGAUGAUGAUGAUGAUGAUGAUGAUGAUGAUGAUGAUGAUGAUGUUGAUGAUGAUGUAUGAUGAUGAUGAUGAUGAUGAUGAUGAUGGUGAUGAUGAUGACGAUGAUGAUGAUGGUGAUGAUGAUGUUUAA